CAUCCGAUAUCGGGAUGCCACUCACAGCGACAUAAUUCUGCUUAUAACUCGUCCCGUUCAUGUUGUAGAUUUGACUGAUUCACUUGUACAUAUUCCUUUCUUCAAGGGUUUCUAUUGCUGAGAUAUCGCUUCCAGAAUGCCAUCAGCAGAGUCACAGCCCAGAACCUUGUACGACAAGGUCUUUCAAGACCACAUUGUCAACCAACAACCAGAUGGCACUGUUCUUCUGUACAUCGACAGACAUCUUGUCCACGAAGUCACAUCACCUCAAGCCUUUGAGGGUCUAGAAAACGCAAAGAGAAAGGUCCGCAGACCAGACUGUACCCUUGCCACCACCGACCACAACGUCCCUACCACCCCACGCAAAAACUUCAAGAACGUCGCCGAUUUCGUCAAGGAAGAGGACUCAAGAUUACAAUGCACAACCUUGGAAGAGAAUGUCAAGAAAUUUGGCCUCACAUAUUUCGGCCUGGGUGACAGGAAUCAAGGCAUUGUCCACAUCAUCGGUCCUGAGCAGGGCUUCACCCUGCCUGGCACAACCGUUGUCUGCGGAGACAGCCACACAUCGACCCACGGAGCGUUCGGUGCGCUCGCGUUCGGUAUUGGUACCAGCGAAGUCGAGCACGUGCUCGCCACACAAUGCUUGAUCACCAAGAAGAGUAAAAAUAUGAGAGUACAGGUCGACGGCAAAUUAGCGCCGGGAGUCAGCAGCAAAGAUAUCAUCCUGCAUGUAAUUGGUGUCAUCGGUACGGCCGGUGGUACCGCUUCGGUUAUCGAGUUCUGCGGCUCAGCAAUCAGGAGUUUGAGCAUGGAGGCCCGCAUGUCAAUUUGCAACAUGUCCAUUGAAGGCGGUGCCAGAGCAGGCAUGAUCGCUCCGGAUGAGAUCACGUUCGAAUACCUGAAAGGACGACCAUUGGCACCCAAGGUCGACAGCAACGAAUGGAAAAAGGCCGUGAACUACUGGUCCAGCCUCAAAUCCGACGAAGGCGCGAAGUACGAUGUGGAAGUCUUCAUCGACGCAAAGGAUAUCGCGCCUACAGUGUCCUGGGGAACGUCGCCGCAAGAUGUCGUGCCCAUCACUGGUGUGGUUCCCGGUCCAGACGACUUUGAGGAUCGCGACAGAAAAGCCAGCUGCAAGCGCGCUCUGGAAUAUAUGGGUUUGACCGCCGGCACAAAGAUGGAAGACAUCGAGCUGGACAAGAUUUUCAUUGGGUCCUGCACAAAUGCCCGUAUCGAAGAUCUUCGGGCCGCCGCAAAGGUCGUCGAGGGCAAGAAAGUCGCCGCAAAUAUCAAGCGCGCCAUGGUCGUGCCCGGUUCAGGAAACGUCAAGGACCAAGCAGAGCGAGAGGGACUGGACAAGAUCUUCACUGAUGCUGGCUUUGAGUGGCGUGAAGCUGGUUGCUCAAUGUGUCUCGGUAUGAACCCGGAUAUCCUAUCACCUCGAGAACGUUGCGCAAGCACAUCAAAUCGCAACUUUGAGGGCAGACAGGGUGCACUUGGCCGGACACAUCUUGUGUCUCCGGUGAUGGCCGCCGCCGCCGCCAUCGUCGGUAAGCUUACCGAUAUCCGCAAGCACUUUGAUGAUGCCACCCCAAGAAAAACUUCACCGAAACUCGAGGUGACGCCCGUAUUCGCCGAAGUCGACUCAGAAGAGGAACUCGAUCGAAUCAUGGAUAUUCCCAGCGACGUUGGACCGCACGUAAACCACAGCGCGAAACCAGCCGCAGCCGGCGGCCUCCCUAAGUUUACGGUCCUAAAGGGUAUUGCGGCACCCCUUGAGAAAGCCAACGUCGACACAGACGCCAUCAUCCCCAAACAAUUCCUCAAGACCAUCAAACGUACCGGUCUGGGCACCGCGUUAUUCCACCCGCUCAGAUACAAUGAAGACGGCAGCGAGAAUGAGUCAUUCAUCCUGAAUCAAGAACCUUACAGAAAUUCCAAGAUUCUCGUCGUCACCGGCCCCAACUUCGGCUGCGGCAGUUCUCGAGAGCACGCUCCUUGGGCUCUAUUGGAUUUUGGCAUCAAGUGCGUCAUUGCACCCAGCUACGCCGACAUCUUCUUCAACAACACCUUCAAGAACGGCAUGCUUCCCCUCUGUGUGACUGACCAGGCCAAAUUGGAGAACAUUGCCGAGGAAGCCAAAGCGGGCAAGGAGAUCGAGGUCGACCUGCCCAACCAGGUCAUCCGUGACGCCCAAGGCAACGAGCUCGCACAGUUUGAUGUCGAGGAGUUCCGCAAGCAUUGCCUUGUGGAGGGACUCGACGACAUCGGGUUGACCAUGCAGAUGGAUGACAAGAUUGCUCAAUUCGAGCAGAAACGCACCCUCGACACGCCCUGGCUCGACGGCAGCGGGUAUCUCAAGAAGUGGCGCAAGGGGCCUGUCAAGGUUGAGGCCGCACCUGUGCCCACGACAAAUCGUGGUGAAGUCAAGACCGAUCCAGUUGAGUGGUAAUUUGGACUUCAUCUGGAUUGUACAGAGCUUGUGGAUAGGACCGGGGGUACAAGUCGCGGAAAAGUCCUCUUGGUUGAUCUGAUUUGAUAUCCGAAAUGAUGUCCAUGAUUUGUAGUCAUGUCGGGUUAUGUCACGAAAUGGCACAGGCGUUGGGCUUGCACAGGUUGCAGUAAUCACGAAUUGACAUUUGCAACAUUGAAAUCGUAUAAUGUUCAUCACAA